GCCAAAUGCAUCGCGCCUUGGUCUGGUUUCUAUGCAAUCAUUUCUACCAAGUCGUUGAGGUUCUGUUUCAAAAUAACGAUACUUUCCAUGCUGUUUAUUUCCACUAUUUUGUCACUUGUUCCAACCUUUUGAAAGGAGUUGUUUUUUCCGCAUUAACUUUUGAAAAUUAAAUUUAAAGUCCUAAACCCCUCUAUCUGUGAUGUUUGUUGGUUUUAACGUCUAUAGGGAAACGUUCGUACCGGGUGUGGAUAGAAAACAUUCAUCAUUCUCCGAAUGAUUCCCACACCUGCAAUGCUUUUUUACCACUCCUAUUUCAUGCACCCAGUGCGAGAGCGUUUUUUACCACCAUACAAAUAUUAUGACUUUCUGUAAACACGUUGUGGUAUGUUUAUCUAUCCACGCCUCACCGCUCAAACGAUCGUUCUGGGGGAAAUGGAACGGACUGGCUUAUAUUUCCUCGGCGCGAAGUAUUGUUUCAAGCCAUGCAUCAGUUGUCGCUGAGAAGUUGAUGUGAAUUGGCAAAACAGCGGAAAAGGGUUUCCAUUUUAUUCGAGUAACAUUACAAAAUUGAGUAAAAAAGUGCAGAUUGGAAUCGUUUCUACACCAUCCACCGUGCGCCUCCAUCAGUGGGAAGUGAUUUUAUUUUCCGAACGGUGCUACGCUUUCUCGAUCAGUGUGAUAAAGCAUCAGAGAGACACAAGUUCGGUUUCGAAGUUCGGAACAAAUUUCCCGGAAUGUCAACUCGGCUAAAAUAUUGGUUUAAUAUCGGGAGUUUCUUCGAAACGAUGAAACCCAAUAUACGUGUACUGAAGCUGUUCGGUUUGUUCCCAUAUACGAUUUCCCAAGCGAAAGGGCGUUCCUUUCCAUCUAAUUCUCACCACUCUAACAAUCGUUGUAACCACUCCAAGACGUUGAAAUCAGAAGUUAAAUUUAUAGACAUCGCCAUUUUUACUCUAUGGCAAACGUUUUUCCUCCAAAUGCUUUACGUAUCGUGGCCCAAGAUGUUUCUCAAUAUGCCCGUAUCCCGCAUCAUAACCAUGGUCACUCUCAUUCUAUAUCUGCUUGCUGGCUUUAAUUGUUCCGUGUCAGCCACGUUGGUGCUGCUGUUUCGGAAAAAGUUCCUGCACAUGGUGCAGUUAGUGGAAGAGGCAGAUUUUCUGGUAAAUAAAGCUGUUUUUCAGUUUAGCAAAUAUUUCUAUGAAAUUCAGCACUCCAAACAUCACCUAGUUUGUGUGGCGUUGCUCCUGGGAUCAUUCGCUAGUCAGGGACUACUGAUCCUAAAUGAUUACACCGCUGGAAAAAUGCUCGUCAACACAACUCUCUCUUUACAGAGCAUGCCAAUGCAGGCUAUUACCUCUUACUAUUACAUUAUCAGAUCCAUACAUAUAUCCUGCGUGGUUGCCUUUAUCAGCGGGUUGUAUAGUUUUCGAGACCGGUUUUUUGCAUUCAACAAGCAGCUACGGAUCUGUUUUGUGGAGAAACACUCAGGAGAACAAGCGGCUUCGUACAGGGUAUUGAUGAAUCAUAUACAAGGAUUUACAGCAAUUUACAGCAAUCUGUGUGAUGCCAUUGGAAUAUUUUGCACCAUUUUCGCGUGGCAGGUGAUUGUCUGUUCUGCAUUUUACAUGAUUUUAUCGUUUUUCUCGAAUUUCAAGCCAAUGAUGUUCUGUGCGUCACUGAUUGUCACAGUAGUGUUUUCCAUUCUUACCAUUGGACACAUGCUAACCAACCCGGCACCGAUCGUACUAGCCCUUGCUUUGAUUUAUUCAGCAUUAACUAUCUUGUACACUUUGCUCUUCCUGGUGCUUGUCAAACUUGGGAGCGAUCUGAAAAGAGAGGGCAAGCAAACGGCCGUCCUGGUCCAUAAGGCAAUAAAUCAAUCAUCCAAGACGCCGGCUCUAGUGGAACGGGUACGUAAGAGGAAUGUGAUGAUCGAGCGGUCGUGCGCUACAAGUAGCUACUUUUCGCUCACAUCUGUGAGGCUUACAAUGUCGUUCCAUCGCGUGGCGUACCAUAAUCUGCCUGAUAAUCCGCUUAUUUCUUUUAUCGACCACAUCUCUGUAACGCUACACCAAACGUGCACGACUCUCCAGAUUGCACGAUGGGGAGCAAAGAAAAUCUUUCUUCCUGCUCGACACACUUUCAUCAUCGCAAUGUUGCCCCGUUGUCUUGUACUUUUUUCGCAUCAUCUUCAACAUCAGAGGCCUGUUGUAUCGUGCGGAUUGUUCUGCUUCGACUGGACUUUAGCUCUUUCAAUCAUUUCUGCCCUUGCCACCUACAGUGUCAUAUUGAUUCAGUUUGAGCUUGGUGUGCCCAAAUUCUUCAUCAGUGCGAUUUUGCAACAAAAUGGCGACAUGACUACCACAAAUCCACAACCUUAACUGGGCAACAUUGUAAGCCGCUUUUUAUACAAAUACAACUAAAACAAACGCGCAUAUAUUUGAUAACUUUUAUGCUGUUAGCAGCACCCGCUUCGAUCGUGAUGCAUCUUGCCGAACAGGAACGUGACAGCCACUCAGCAUGACCUAACCACGUAGCCUCUGCGCAAAAGGGCACCACAACUACAUCACACCUAAUUACAUCGUCAUCGACACUAUAUAUCAUUAGUUAAGACCUGCUGCCUUACUAGGGACGCUUGCACUAUCCCGAACUAAAAGUGUUGAGCUUCCGUUCUCCACCCCUAAUGCUUGAAACUUUCAUUGGUUUCGUGCUUGUCGAGGCUUGCUGGUUUCACAUUCAUCUCGCGUGCACGAGCAAACUCCAAGCGAAAUCGUUCUGACACUGACCUGCCUUUUUCGCGGUCACCCUUUCCUGUUAUCGUGCUGGGAAAACACGAACCUCUUCUCCGGUUGCAUCAGCAUCUUGAUGAAGGAUAAGAAGGAUGAAGGAAUGUUUUUCCCUUCCACUCAUUAUAACUCAUAAAGUGCCAAGUGUGCCGUAAUGUGUGCGUGCCAUGUUCGACAACCCCUGCGACGACACCCGCAAGGCCUCUGCAAGGUAACUGCUCCCGGAAACACGUUGUAAAACUUUUGCUUCCGAAUGCACUCCAGCUUUCUAUUUAGAAAUUGGCCAAAUUCCUCGUUCGAACACAAGAUCAGCACGAUCUUCAUCACUUCAUGAAACGGCACAAAUGUAUAGCAGGACAACUUGCGGACACAACUCACGUGCUACACAGCACAAAACGCUGCUUUCCAAGGGAUGCGAACCUGCGCUCCUUGCUCCCACGGUGCACCAUACCGCGCUCAAAAUAGACGACGUCACGCACUGUUCCGAUGCACCUUGGCAGACGGCGAUAACCGCAUUCCACAAAACAACUUUUCAUCCUUUAAUGCGAUGGAAGCGAAAAUAGGGUACCGGUGCACACAACAUAAAUUUCCCCGUAAACGAAUACACUCACACACCCCUGUCUCGAGAGACUAAAGGCAGUAAGGGAACCGGAUGCAUCGGUGCAUAUUAAAUUUCACAAGUUUCCUCCCUCUAUAUCUUUCUCGUGUGUAUGUGUGUGUGUGUGUCUAUAUGUGUGUAUUUGUAUGCCUGUGUUUGGGUAUAGCACUAGCACAACACACAUCGAUAGGAACAAAACGAGAGCAGUUGCAGUCGAAAACUCCGUAAUGGGGUGAAACACUUUUCGGCGCUUCACCGACGAGGCUGUUUAAUCGGAUAUGGCGGAAGCAAAUUACACUUUGUGGUGCAACUUCUAGAACCACUGGUACUAGAUAAUCCGAAAUACUCCAUCAACACUAUCUAGGCCAGUUUGAAAGCAGCACUGCACCUAGCAACAGUCGUCACAUACUCUUCUAGCCAGCGAUUCUAAUAACCUGCAUGAACAAACGUUAUUACAUUGGCGUUGAAGCAAAGUUUAACAUCCAAAUGUCGAAAAAAUAAGAGAA